UUGUAAAAUACUUAUACUAAAUUUAACAAAAUCUUAAAAAAGAGUGAGUAAAAAGCUUACUGUAGAGUAAUCUGUGACAAUAUGGCCUGGAUUCAUUGCAAUACAUGUUUCGUUCAGCCCAACCCGAAAAACGUUGCAAACAAAUUGUUUUUCCUCACAACUUGCGGUCAUGUAUUUUGUGAGACCUGCGGUUGUUUUACAGACAGUACCUCAAAGAAAUGCAAAGAAUGUAAAAGCAAUUGUUCAUACACUACUAUUGGAGAUAAGGCCUUUCAGACAAAUCGCCAGGUAUUGGAGUACUUCCAGGAACCAAACAAUGUGUGCACAAAACUAUUACAAGUGAUGAAAUUUCAAAAAGCUCACCAGAAUAAAUUAGUCGCCCACCAUCAGCGUAUCCUGUUAAAAUACAACAGAGCCAAAAUGUAUAUAAAAAAACUUGAAAAUCAAUUGGAGAUUGCCAAAAAAGCUUUGAACGGUAAUAAUAUUAUGUUUCCUGAACUGACAAAUACGCAAGAUAAAAAUCCAAUUUUUCAAAUGAACUCAACACCGUUUAAGCUGAUCAAAGAGGACGCGAGGCAUCGUAAUAGUUGUAACGAUGUAGUGUUCAAACAGCCAGACAUGAAUUACAGGAAAAACAAUCAUCAUCAGAGUAACGUGUCCCUGUCCUCGGUGAGUACAGGUUCUGGAAUGCAAACUCCCGGGUCUUCAUCGACAUGCAAAAGUCAAAAUCAAGCACGCCCUAAUGCAAAUGUUUUGUCGGUGAGCAAAUUGUAUUUGGGUUCAAACGGAUCCUUGAUUUAACCAUAUUAACCAACUCAGAAUUGUUUAAUUUAAAUGCCGCCGAUUGUCAAUUUGAAUACGGUUGUGUCGAAACUGAUCGUUGGAAAUCCGAACAAGAUUGUAACGUUACGUUGAACUUUAUAGUAUUAAGCUAGUUUUAUUUUUAUUUAAUGUUUAUUUGUCGUUCUUGUCGUGCAGAAUUAUUUCAUUUAGACUAGUCAGUAAAAUUAAAAAGUUAAACUAAUUAUUUUUUAUAUCUCGA